CUCAGAAACUUCACAAUGCGGCUGGAAGACCUCAGAAGGCUGCAGCACACCUUGGAACAGGUCAAUAAUGGCAAAGACUUGCUUCAGAGUCAUCAGCUUGCCAUGGAUGAAGAAAAUAAUAUUGAAAAAUAUAAUAUCAACUUACAGCCCUUGGAAUCCAAAGUGAAAAUCAUCCAGCGAGCAUGGCGUGAGUACCUGCAGCGCCAGGACCUGCCGCCCCACGAGCAGCUGGACAAGCGCAGUCCCUCCCCACCCUCCCUCUCCUCAGACAAGAUGAGCAGGUCCAUCAGCAUGAACACCUUUUCUGACAGCAGCACCCCGGACUCCCGGGAGGAUGGGAUGGAUUUAGGGAGCGACGCCGGCAGCAGCCGCUCCAGCUCGGAGUCCAACUCCAGCAAAGCCACGCCGUGCUCGGAGGGCAAGUCCUCGCCCUCCCCCAGCAGCCUGGACCUGGCGGCGCUGGAGGACUCGGAGGAAGAGGAGGAGGAGGAGGAAGAGGAGGAGGAGGACGGGGGCUCCCUGCCCUCCCCGCCGCCGCGCUGCCCCGCCGCCCCCCGGCCCCCCCAGCGCCCGCCGCCGCUGCCCCCCCAGGCCCGGCGGGGCGGGGGGUCGGCGGGGCCGGGCGGGCGGCGGGCGCGGCGGGGCGGCGGGGCUCAGCCCCCCCGGGAGCCGCAGCCGCCGGCCAUGGACUGGGCGGCCCUGGAGAGGCACCUGGCCGGGCUGCAGUGCCGGGAGCAGGAGCGCGGCCAGCGGGGCAGCCCCGCCUCGGCCCAAAAGAAUGAGCGUGAGUCCAUCAGGCAGAAGUUGGCUCUGGGCAGUUUCUUCGACGAUGGCCCUGGACUUUACACCAGCUGCAGCAAGAGCGGCAAGCCCAGCCUCUCCUCCCGGUUACAAAGUGGGAUGAACCUGCAGAUCUGCUUUGUGAACGACAGUGGCAGCGACAAGGACAGCGAUGCUGACGACAGCAAGACAGAAACCAGCCUGGACACGCCAUUGUCGCCCAUGAGCAAGCAGAGCUCGUCCUACUCUGACAGAGACACAACAGAGGAGGAGUCAGAGUCCCUUGACGACAUGGAUUUCCUCACCAGGCAAAAGAAACUCCAAGCUGAAGCCAAAAUGGCCUUGGCUAUGGCGAAGCCCAUGGCCAAAAUGCAGGUGGAGGUGGAAAAGCAGAACAGGAAGAAAUCGCCGGUAGCGGAUCUUCUGCCACAUAUGCCUCAUAUAAGUGAAUGCCUGAUGAAGAGAAGUUUAAAACCCACUGACCUAAGAGACAUGACUAUUGGGCAGCUACAAGUGAUAGUCAAUGAUCUCCACUCACAGAUAGAAAGCUUGAACGAGGAGCUGGUGCAGCUGCUGCUCAUCCGGGACGAGCUGCACACGGAGCAGGACGCCAUGCUGGUGGACAUCGAGGACCUGACCAGACACGCCGAGAGUCAGCAGAAGCACAUGGCAGAGAAGAUGCCAGCAAAAUGAGCCCUGGAGCAGAGCUGGAGCAAGUCUUCAUUUUGCUUCUGUGUGUGUCCAUGCGCUGACGUCCCCGGUGGCACAGAAGAAAAAAACCAGUGUUAGUCAUUGACCAUGUCUGAAGCUUUAUGUCCAGUGGUUGGCCUCUGCUUCUUAAUUUAUUUUAAUUUUUUUACUCGUGCCACUAAAUAUCAGGCAUUUUAAUAAUAUUAUUACAGAAAAUGUACAGUACUUAAAACAUUAUAAAUCAUGGGUGAGAAGAGAGGGCAGUUUAACUUUAUUUUUGUUUGUUUAGAGAUUUUCAGUUGGACGAUAUUUUACCAUUGACUACUUUUUUAUUCCUCACUGUAGUUUUAAAAUAAAGAAACUGUACUUGACGGUGCUAUACAAGUCAAAAAAAAAUACAUGCCUGCCUCGUAGUGAAGUUGUAGCUUUCAGUAAUAUGUAUAUUUUAAUCAGUUUUCAACAUUUUGUGAAUGUUGACUACCUGACAUUCAUUUUUAGAUGUGCUAUUAACAUUCGGUUGGAGCCAGAGAGUUACCUUGAAAGUUUUAUGUAUAAAUAUGUAAAAUAAAAAUUUAAAACAUUGUUUCA